AUGCCACCCCUGAAUAGUCGUGCGACGCGCGAACUUGUAAAGCGACGCCGUGUCAUUCCCGGUCCUCGAUCGCUGCACCGAGGCAUUCAUUUUCAUGAGAACGAAAAGUUUGUUGCGGCGUACAAGAAAAACAGCGGGGCCAAGCGACAGGACCACCGCGAUCUCCUUGUGCACCAUCAGAAAAUCAACGAAGAGCUGCAGGAUAUCUACACCCGUACUGCCGCCCUGCACGCCGAGAACGCCACGAUGGAGGAACGCAUUGAGGAGUCGUGGCGACAGUUUGAGCGCAUUGGCGGAAAAAGACCAGCAAGUGCCGUCUCUGCGUUAUCUCGUGGUAGCAACAAAAGUGACGGCGCACCGCUUCGCACGUACGAUCACCUACGGAACAAUAAAACGGGUCUGGGGUUUGCAGAUCGUCUGCGGCAGGUCUCGCAGGAGAAGAAGGAAUUGCGUGAUCGGUCGCAGUGGGAGCGUGAGACCCGCGGGGAGGCGGUGGACUACUCCAAGGGCAGCGCCCUUCAUGCGGCGAAGGACAAGCGCAUCGCUUUAUUCCAGCGCAGACAACUCAAACGCGAACAUCUCCUGCGGCGCAUGGGCGAUCCGACGCCGCUGAAGCAGUCGGGCCGCUAUGACAUUAACAGCGGCACCCUGCGUGUGUUUAACAAGACGAUCCGUAGGGUGCAGCGGGAUGUGCGGCAUGAUGAGCGAACACAACAGGUGAAGGAGCGCAGGAAGGGAGCACACAGCAUGUGGGAUGUGCGCGGCGGGGAUGAGAACCCGAAUCGCCCGUCGCAAGGCAUUUUGCGGUACACGAGAGAGUUUGAGUUGGGCCCGCGGCAGCGCGGUAAAAAAGGCAGGCGGGGUAAGUGA